AUGGUGAUGAGAUUGGAUGGCGCGGGUUAUGGUUUCAUAAUUGCACAAGCCUUAAGGUUGAAGAUAGCGGUUCCAGUGGAACCGCUAUCAUCUACAACCAUAUUCAUAGGGAUCUUGCAUCAAACAUUGGAUGCAUUCGUCCCCAUGUUUGCGAGAAUGAGGCAAGAAGGAGCCCGGAAGCAAAGGCGAGCCAAAGCUUCUCAAAGAAAGACAAAACGAGUGAGCAAAUCCUAG